AUGCAGUUCGCUACCGCUCUCCUGGCCAUGGCUGCCGCCGCCACCACUGUUGCCGCCAACACUGUCACUUUCUGGACCCUUGACGAUGUCACUCGCACCAUCGUCUUCACCCCUAGCGCUGGCCACGCUGAGAUCGACUCCGUCACUGUCGACAGCACGAAGAACACCACUGUCACCUUCCCCGAUGGCUACAUUGGCAACUACUACGCCAUUCAGGAGGGUGCCGAGAGCGUCCCUGGCAUGCUCGGCGAGGUCACCUUCGGUGGCUGGGGCGGCCUGACCUACUUCGAUGUCUCCGCCAUUGUCAACCCUGCCGACCACGACAACGUCAAGCAGAUGUGGCCCGUCAAGACCCGUGAGCCCAUGUCUGGCUGCGACGUCUUCCCCUGCAACAACGCCUACUACCUCCCUGACGACGUCCAGACCAAGGUUACUGAGGAGGUCGACCUCAUCAGCACUCUGGGUGCCGGCUCCGUCUACUAA